AUGAGCCAAGGAUGCGCGGCAGAAGCGGUAAGUGGAGUUUUGGUCAGUGCGGCCUCGCCAGUUCAAGCAGAGUGCUGUGAACUCGGUAUAUUUCGCAUCCAUACCAGUAAAAAGUUGAAGUUUGUGAUCAGUAAAGCUGAAAGUCAAAGAUCAUUCGUUACGAGCAAAACAGACACUUAUGAACCAUCUGUGAGUACUUCGGUUGCUGAUUGCAUUCCGAAGAAAUCCUGCAUUUCCGCAGGGACUCCGUUCAAGCGAAUUGUGCCGCCCAUAGUUAAGCUGAUACCGAUGUCACCAGUAGAAUCACCAGCAGCAUCUCAUCCCGAAAACUGCGCUAUUGAACGACCGGAACAGGUGCAGUGUCCGUCCAGGAAGGGUGUAAGGAAGAAAUCAAAUUCGUCGUUGAAGCAGAACAGAUCUGGCAAGAAGCACUUGUGCACGUCAUCAAAUCAGGCGAAGAGCUCAUCAUCAAAGGGGACAAGAACUCGGGAAGAAGCUACUGUUCCCGAUACUAUCGAUGCUUGUGGCAGAGAGCAAUCUGAAAAAUCUGUCUUGACGGAUCCGGUCGCCCCGAUGGGCUCGCAGAAUUCCACAGCCAACAGCAAGCAUACCACUGAUAAGUUGCCGGUCGAAAAGGAACAGCUUGCCAACACCGAAAGUGCUGCAAAAGAUACUGCGGACCAGAUGGCGACCCAUGGUGAUGCGAAGGUAGCCCUCGGCUUGUUGAGUGGACUUGCAGGUGGUCAGCAAAAGGCGGGGAAAUCAGCUGGAGGACAAGUGAAAGGUCAGAAAAGCUCGAGUUCUUCGGAAGAAGAGGAGGACGAGGAGGAAGCUUCCACAGAAAGUCGACAUCUUCCAGUGCAGUUGGUACGCCGAUCCUCCGAGGAAGGCUUCCAUCAGGUUGUCAAAUUUACGAAGCAUGCAGCGCAACGACUAAAAGCAACCGCUGCAAAACCAAAGCAAAUUAUUUCGUCGAAAAAUGAAAAGAAAUCCGAACAAGCGACUAAGAAGGAGCAGAAUUUCCCAGUGACUGAAGAGGAGGCAAAAAAUCAGUGUCGCAGAAAGUCCGAUGGCUUAGAUGAGAAAUCGGACUGCACUAAAAUCAUGCCUGAGCUCCACGCUUCGACUGAAACGUCUUUCGACAAAUCUUCUACUCCUGUUGAUACUGCUCCAUUUGAUGCUCGUGGUAUUACGGGUAAUCAAACAUUUUUGGAUCGUUUUCCCGAUGGCCAAAAUGAAGCCGACGCAAGUUUAAAAGAGCCGUGUAACAAGCAAAAGCGGCAGCAGCCAAAUCCUGAAGAAGUCACUUGUUCAGACUCAAAAACGUUAGUUUGA